AACUCGCAAGCGCAAGCGAUUAUCCACCAGCGCAUUAGCUUAGAGCUGUUUUUGCUCGAUUUAGUACGCGUUUAACCUUCUUAAAGAGAACGACAAUGAUGCCGCAGCCCGGUUUGACUGGUCGAACGAAAUUCAGCGAAUGCAGCUCAACUAGACUGCUAGUGCUUCUGGUGCUUACGUUAGCUUUUUCCAGCGUGGGUUACGCCUCGAUUUUCUACUCCGGCCACACACUUCCGGUGCCUCGGUACAGGACCUAUUUCGAUUCCGUCGGGGAGAGAAGGUUGACUAGCGAUCGAUUCGAGGUGACGGUGAUUUUCCAGGAGGACAUUUUGAUGAAAAAACAGUGCGAAUGUAUAACUAGCCAGAAAUGCCGAUCACCGAGAAACAUCAUCCAUCUUCAAACACGUGACUGCCAUCAUCGCGAAAAAGUUUGCUGCGAAAUUUGAACUGAAAAACGCUCGAUGGCAAAUCAGUUUCGUGGAAAUGACCCUUCAAACAAUUUGUUACUGUUGCCAAUAGGUUUCGACAGUUCGGACAAGUGCCAUCGAUUUAAUUCAGGCAAAAUACUGUAGAUUUGUUUUUUUUUUUCAUGCAACCGAGACUAGAUGAGCCGUUAAAAAUAAAAUAAAUAAACCACCCCACCGCCAAACAACCAACCUGUGUGUUUCUCCUUGUCUACGUCGGCGAAAUCCAGCGCCAGGUGUUUGUUGAGGAACAAGGUCGCGGUCAUGGCAUCUUUGGCACUGUGCUCGUUGUAGGCCGUCCGAAGACCCCAGUUCCAUUCGAGGUCCCCGCUGAGCCAGGUCAGGAGAUCGUCCGCCCGCAGAAUCACCUUCUCGGUUAUUGCCAGCACCUCGUCCUGGAGAGAAAUGGGAAGCAAAACGGUCGAAUCAAUAUCACAGCCAAUUGUUUGUUUGAAAAACACAUUAAAGUUAGUAGGUACAAUGUUUCAGUAUUCGCAAUGUUGAAGCUUUUAUGCAUCUGAGCAAUUUUGCUGGUCGUUCGUUUAUUAAUCGUAGCUUAGGAAUGUUUUUUUAAACACAUGCUCCAAAGUGUUUAACGCACGGCACUAUCCUUAAAUUAUUCAUUCGGAACUCUGUGAUAGAUA